AUGGGUUUAAUCUCUAUGACUACUCUUCCGUCAACAAUAGCGACCGCAGCAAUAACAACCGCAGCAAUCAUAGAAACGACCACAACAACCAGAAUAACUACAACAAUCCCAAUAAUCACAACAACCAUAGAAGCAAUCACAACAGUCCCAAUAAUUACAACAACCACAGAAGCAAUCACAACAAUCACAGCAACAAUAGCCACAACAACCAUUGAAACAACAACAGUAACAACAGCUGCAACAACCACAGUAACGACAGCUACAACAACCACAGAAACAACCCCAACAAUAACAGCUACAACAACCACAGAAACAACCCCAACAAUAACAGCUACAACAACCACAGAAACAACUACAACAACAAAAAUAAGUGAGUUCUUCGUGCUUUUCUGCCUCGGGAUCGAUAUGGUAUUUUUCUAA